AUGGGACAAUGGGGGUUCAGGCUGGUUGCCCUCCUUCUCCUCUUGUGCCACAGACAGGGCGCUGAAGCCUGCGGUACCAUCGGAUGCUGUUUUCAGAACCCACCAUACCCAGAUGCAGACUCAGGCUCAGCUUCAGGCCCCCGGGCCCUGAGCUGCUACCGGUUGUUCAGCAGCGCUGGUUAUGAAUGUUCCUGGGAGUAUGAGGGCCCUGCAGCUGGAGUCAGCCACUUCCUCAGAUGCUGCCUCCAGUCUGGCCGCUGCUGCUACUUUGCCACAGGCUCGGCCACCAAGCUGCAGUUCUCCGACCAGGAUGGCAUAUCCGUGCUCCACAAUGUCACUCUCUGGGUGGAAUCCCGGGCCGCCAACCGGACAGAGAAGUCCCCCAAUGUUACCCUGAACCUCUACAGCUCGGUUAAAUACGACCCUCCCCCAGGAAACAUCAAGGUGUCCAAGUCAGCAGGGAAGCUGCGUAUGGAGUGGGAGACCCCAGCCCGCCAGGAUGGUGCCGAGGUACAGUUCCGGCACCGCACACCUGGCAGCCCGUGGAAGCUGGGUGACUGUGGACGUCAGGAUGAUGCUGGCUUCGAGUCAUGCCUCUGCCCCUUGGAGAUGGACAUGGCCCAGGAAUUCCAGCUGCGGCGGCGUCUGGGGCCAGGGGUCCCCGGAGGUCCCUGGAGCAGCUGGAGCAGCCCUGUGUGCAUCCCCCCUGAAACCCCUCCACAGGCUGAGGUGAGGUUCUCAGUAGAGCAGCUUCGCCCAGAUGGGAGGAGGCAGGUGACCUUGCAUGAGCAGCUGCCCCAACUGGAGCUUCCGGAAGGCUGCCUUGGGCCUGACCCUGGCAUGGAGGUGACCUACGAGAUCCAUCUCCACAUGCUGUCCUGCCCAUGUAAGACCAGGGCCAAGAAGACUCUGCGCCUGAAGAGAAAGCUCGUCCUCUCGGGUGCUGCCUACGAUCUGACCAUCGUUUCCCAGAAUCGCUUUGGCCUCGGCCCCAAUCAGACACGGCACAUUCCUGCCUGCAUCCACUCAGAACCAGGGCUUCUGAAUAUCAGUGCCGGAGCCAACGGGACCACCAUACAUUGGCCAGCCCGGGCCCAGGGAAUGAGGUACUGCAUUGAGUGGCAGCUCCAGGGCCAGGAGGAGAACCUUGCCGCCUGCAUCGUGACGGCACCCCAGGACCCAGACGCUGCUGGAAUGGCAACUCACAGCUGGAGCCAAGAAUCUGGGGCACUGGCACAGAAGGCAUGUUACCGCAUCACCAUCUUUGCCUCUGCACACCCGGAGAAGCUAACCUCGUGGUCUACAGUCGUGUCCACCUACCAUUUUGGAGGCAAUGCCUCAGAGGCCGGAAGCCCACAGCACGUGUCGGUGAGGAAGCUCAGCCAGGAUUCGGUGUCUGUGGACUGGACACCAUCUCUGCUGAGCACCUGCCCUGGCGUCCUGAAGGAGUACGUUGUGUACUUCCAGGAGGAGGACAGCAACCAAGCGUCUGAGCUGCACGUGAAGCCCACAGAGACCCAGGUCACCCUCCAAGGCCUGCGGGCUGGCACAGCUUACAAGGUGCAGGUUCGCGCAGACACAGCCAAGUGGAGGGGCGCCUGGAGCCAGCCCCUACAUUUCACCAUUGAAGUCCAGGUUUCUGAGUUGUCCGACUUGUCCAUCUUCCUCGCAUCUUUGGGGAGUUUCGUGAGCAUCCUUCUCCUGGGAAUCUUUGGGUACCUCAGCUUGAACAGGGCUGUAAGGCACCUGUGCCCACCCCUGCCCACACCUGGUGCCAGCACUGCCAUCAAGUUCUCUGGCAGCCAGGGAAAGCAGGUUUGGCAGUGGACCAGCCCAGCAGACUUCCCGGAGGAGGUGUCUCCACACGAGGCCCUGAUGGUGAAUAUAUCCUGGGAAAAAGGCGAGGGAGCUGACAUGGGCACACUUGGGACUCUCAAGGAGAAGAUGGAGCUGCCUCUGCGUGCCCCUAAGCCAGCCCCGGACACAGAGCUGCCCUUGAAGGACAGGAAGCAGAUGCAAGGAUGCCCUGAGGCUGGGGCUCUGAGGCCUGGCUGGCAAGACGGUCUGGUGGAGGACAGCCUUGCCCAGGUGGCUAGACCCCCACUGCUGCUCCUGGGGGGCCUGAGGCAGGCCCCCAGGUUCGGUUCGCAGGGAGAAACAGGAACAGCUGCCUCCUCUUACAGAGAAGACUGA